UCUUUUUUACAGUUCACAAUUCACACAAGCCUUGCUGCCUCACUCUAACUUUCCCAUUUUGGUAGUUCCUUCAAUUCGAAGAAGAGAAAGAAAAUAAAAUAACUGUUCUCUUUCUGAUCCAAAACCCUAACAAUUACUCUUUCUUCUUUUUCAAACCCUAAUUUUCACUUCUUAAUCUCACUUCCGAUUCUGCUUUCCACCACAAUUCUUUGUUUUGAGCCUCAUUUUUGAUCCAACAGGAGAAUUCUGAUUGUCUGAAGAUUUCUUGAAGAGGGAGAUCUUUAUAAGAAUUGAAAUAAGGGUUUCUUUAUUGAGGAAAUGAGGGAUGUUUUCAUGGUUGGCAAGGAUUGUAGCAGUAUGUUUACGUCCAGUCAGACAGUACGCACGUAUGAACAAGGAUGAUGAGUUAGAUAGUGGAAUUGAUGAUUCUUUACUUUGGUGUAGAGAUCUUGAUCGUCAUUCACUUGGAGAAUUUUCUUUUGCUGUUGUUCAAGCCAAUGAAAUUAUAGAGGAUCAUAGUCAAGUUGAGAUAGGAAAAAAUUCUACGUUUAUUGGUGUUUUCGAUGGUCAUGGUGGUCCUGAAGCUUCUAGAUUUGUUCGAGAUCACCUAUUUCUUCAUCUUAUGAGACUUGCUCGAGAAAAUGGAAACAUCUCUGAAGAUGUUCUUGGGAAUGCUUUUUCUGCAACAGAAGAUGGGUUUCUUACCCUUGUGCGUAGGACAUGUGGAAUAAAACCUCUUAUUGCUGCCGUUGGGUCUUGUUGUUUGGUGGGAGUUAUCUGGAAAGGAAUGCUAUAUAUUGCAAACUUGGGUGAUUCUCGAGCUGUUAUAGGUUCUUUAGGUAGGUCAAAUAAAAUAAUUGCUGAGCAAUUGACUAGAGAUCAUAAUGCGAGUUUGGAGGAAGUCAGACAAGAGUUGAAGUCCCAACAUCCUGAUGAUUCACAAAUUGUAGUUUUGAAACAUGGUGUUUGGCGUGUUAAAGGCAUCAUUCAGGUAUCUAGAUCUAUAGGGGAUGCGUAUUUGAAGAGGCCAGAAUUUUCUCUGGAUCCAUCAUUCCCUCGUUUCCGGCUCACAGAACCCCUCGGCCGACCUGUGCUGUCAGCUGUACCAUCCAUAUAUACAAGAGCUGUACGUCCACAAGAUAAGUUCCUGAUAUUUGCAUCUGAUGGGCUUUGGGAGCAUUUGACGAACCAGGAAGCUGUUGAUAUAGUUCAUAAGUCCCCAAGAUCGGGAAUAGCAAAAAGACUCGUUCAAACAGCUCUUGUGGAGGCAGCAAGGAAAAGAGAAAUGAGGUAUUAUGACCUUAAGAAAGUUGAGAAGGGUAUUAGGCGGUUCUUCCAUGAUGAUAUUACGGUUGUCGUAAUUUUCCUAGACCAAGAUGUGCUCGGAAAGACUGCAGCUUUUCCAGAAAUGUCAGUACGAGGAUUCAUAGACUCUGUUGGACCAUCUGAUUUUUCUGUUCUCGAGGGGAGCAAUAUGACUCCAAACUCUGCAUAGUAGUACCAUACUUAGUCACUGGAGUUCCUUUUAAGUUUCCAGGUUCAGCUUGUCCUUUCUCUCUUCCAUGUGUAUUUUUGCGUCCACAAUUGGUGGUGGUUUGUUUUUCUUCCGUUUUGGUUAAUUUCUUUUGUUUGUAAGUUGAACCUGAUUCCAGUCUCUUCUAUAUUCUAUGAAGUCAGAAGACUCAUAACAUCAGUCUUACCAAGCAGAACUACAACACGUGUUGGUUUGUUGGAUGAUUAUAGGUGAACCACCAUGAAACGGUGCAAUUCAGUUUUUCAUUGUAUGAUUGAAUAAAUAUGGUAAUUUUUUUAUAGAACUUUUGCUGCAAUUA